ACAUCCUGGGAUUUGCAGCCGAACCGUAUGCUGUGAUGCUCUCCCACUCCGUUGAUAUAGUCAGAGGACUGACUUCUCCAUACACUUCGGCUGUUACACACAUCGUUUCGAUAUCCAUGGACCUCAAAGUCCCGUUACACCUGCAAACCACCUAUCCCGGUAUCGCAUUAUUGGAGGUGUCACUGUAUUUGACAGAAGACCCCAUCGCAGGCAGGCAGGCAGUAACAGUGUGUUAUUCAGGCAGUCAGUCAGUCGUAUUUUGGAGGAAAUGAACUACGGAAAGCAACAACCUUUUAGGCCUGUGUUUUUUUACGGAUUAUCGCAGUCGAAUGCGUAGAAAUUGUCGCCGUCGUCGAGUUCCGCCGUGUUCCGUCGAGAUAGUGUCGUGGUCGUUCCGUCGGGAACUGCUAGUGAAGGAAGUGAUUCGUUGAGCGCAAUCCUCCCGUGGACAGGAUUGUUCGGAUGUGUUUUUUACGUGGAAAGUGGAUUACCUAUAUGUUACAAUAGCUGGUGUGGAAAUUUCCCUCCCAUCCAGGCAAUAAUAUUAUACGCAGUCAGUGGAUAGUGGUGCUGCACAAGGAGUUUGAAAACAGAAGAGGAGUUUAUGAGAAUAUUCUAGUAGGUGCAACAUAGAAAUACAUUGCGGCUACGGCCUAAACAGGUAUUCAACUAGUUAUUUGUAAGCGAUACCUGCAAUAUAGCGAUCAAGUGAUGGUGUUUUGAUGCUGGCCAAAAGAAGUCAGUAUCAGCAAAGCAAAGUUAUUGGUAGCCAACCUCGAAGGUCAUUCGGAGAAGAAUAUUGCUUUGCCAAGUGCCCGAUAGGCAUUCAUCAGUGAUCUACAGUAUUGGGUUGAUUUGUAGAAGAUCUGCAUAGAGUGUGUUAUUAAGAAAAGUUCGAGCUAAUAUCUCUUCCGGAAGGUGCAUCAGCAAGAAGCUAUCUCCUUCCCAGAGCGCAGUGUAUUGAAUGGAAACAGGCUUCGCCACAGUGUGUGAAUUGCUGUAUGUGUGAAGCAGCACCAAUAUUAUCGAUACAAACGAGUGAGAAGUAAAAUUUCUAAGGAUUUCGUAAUACAAAUAUAUACAGUGCAGUGUGGGUCUAUUUUCGUGGCCUCUGAAUAGCCAUUAUCAGAGCGUGUUGUGUUUUUUUGUUGUUGUGUGGCGGUCGGUGUGAAGGUAGAAAACCUUGCUUAGAUUACACAAGCAUUUUGGGAAUCUCCUGGAGAAGCAAACUCAAUUUCGACUGGAUUUAAGGGCAUCGCCAAGAGCAGCAAUCAAACGAAACAAAAAUGACGAGAACUACAACAACCAAACCAAAACCAGAAAAAGAGAAACGAAGGAACAAUGAGAAACGCAAAGAAAAAUCUCGUGACGCAGCCCGAUGUCGUCGUUCGCGGGAAACGGAAAUCUUCCAGGACUUGGCUAGCUUGCUGCCGAUGCGCCAGGAAGAUGUCGACCACCUGGACAAAGCGUCAGUUAUGCGUCUAUCAAUAGCGUAUCUCAAAGUUCGCGAUAUGCUCGAAAUGUUGCCAAUGGUGAACAAAAAGGGGGAGAGCAUAGCUGAAGAUGGAAAAGCUAUGUGCGAGGAUACCGAUAUGGAGGAAGAUUCAAAGCCGGCGUUGAAUGAGCUCGCCUUGGAGAAAGAAAAGCUAGCCCUCCUUUCGUUGGAUGGUUUCUUGCUGGUUCUUUCUGCUGAUGGGGAUAUUACCUAUAUUUCGGAAAAUGUCAGCGAUUAUCUCGGCCUCUCACAGAUCGACAUGAUGGGACAACCGAUCUGGGACUAUAGCCACCAGUGUGACCAUGAAGAGUUGCGAGAAGCACUUAAUGGGCGGCACCAUAGUCCCUCAGAGCUAUUGAAAGGGGUAGCCAAUAGCGAUUGCAAACCGAUGGAGAAUCGUGACUUUUUCCUUCGGCUCAAAUGUACCCUGACGAGUCGUGGCAGAAGCGUCAAUAUCAAGAGUGCAUCGUACAAAGUGAUUCAUGUAACUGGUCACAUUGCAUGCAAGGAAAACGGCCAACGGCAGCUAGUGGCUGUGGCUCGCCCGUUGCCGCAUCCCUCCAACAUCGAGGUACCAUUGGAUUCGAGCACCUUUUUGAGUAAACAUUCAUUGGAUAUGAAGUUUAGCUAUGUUGAUGAUAAAAUGUACGCCCUGUUGGGUUACAAUCCAGCUGAUUUGAUGGGAAAGUCGUUGUACGAGUGUCAUCACGGCAUCGAUUCGGAUCACCUGAUGGGAACCUUCAAGAAUGUCAUCAGCAAAGGCCAGAGCGAGACAGGCCGGUACCGGUUCCUGGCCCGUACCGGCGGUUACGCCUGGGUAGUGACGCAGGCGACGCUUAUCUACGAUAAGCAGAAGCCUCACAGCAUCGUUUGCGUUAACUACGUCAUCAGUGGUGUGGAGCACAAAGAUGAAAUAUACUCGUGUGCCCAGCUGGAAGCACGUCAACAGAAAUCAGUUCAAAGCGAGGAUUCACCUGCAGUUGAAGCAGUCAAUAGCAGUGCCGCCAGCGCAGCAACAGUGAAGACAAGUGAUAAAGUGCUCAAGGAGAAUAUCAAUAUCAACAACAGCAACAACAAUUAUAACGAUCUUAAGAAGAAACUUACGCCGGAAAAGGAAGCCGAACAAGUGGUGAAGGUGAUUCGUAAAGUACCGGCUCCGAUCAGUGCAAAUCAGUGUGUCAUACGACCGAUAUCCGUUACGGCAUCCAUAUUUAGCAGUGUUGCCAAGAAACCGAUAGUAGCAUCAGCCGCAGCAGCAACAACAACCGCCACAGCAACUCCGGUUGUGGAAGAGAAACCACCGGAACGUAAAGUACCGCAAUCGGUCACGGCAAAGCUGUUUGUCAAGCCGAAACACGCCACCGAUAAGAUAUUUGCUCCCCGUACGGAAGAUAUGAACAAAGGAUUCUUGAUGUUCUCGGAGGAGGAGCCAGGUCUGACAAUGCUAAAAGAUGAACCGGACGAUCUAACCCAUCUGGCUCCGACAGCUGGCGACGCUUGUAUUCCGCUGGAAGAAACCGGUCAGUUCUUCAACGAUGUGUUCGACGAUUUCAUGAUUCCCGACAACUACACAUCCCUGCUCCAGGAUGAUCUCAGCUCCCUGGACAGCUCUGACCACCAGCUUCGUUCCAGCUCCAGUAUAUCGGUUGCGUCCCCAAUCGCACUUAACGAAUCGACCGUGGCAGCCGUCGGUUCCCUCACAAGCGCCGUCAUGUCCCAGCACCUCCAUCAUAGCCCCAACAGUAACAGUAGCCACUCAUCCACGUCAUCGUCCGUUUCGGCUUCAGCAGCAUCCACAUCAAGCUCAGCCUCAAAUUUGCCCUCGCUUGCGUCGGUAACGUCAGGCAUUGGUUCGGCGGGCUCGUCGGUAGUAUCUCAGAACAUCAACGGUGGCACAGCAGCGGGUGGCCAAACAACGAUCGGCUCCGGAGCGAGUAACGAUCCGUUCAUCAACUACCGCGAUGAAAUCACCGAAAUCAGCCACUCGCCGCAGCAUUUACUGUCACCUGAACUGUCGAAGAGCCCCGAAGGAAGCAGUAUACCGUCACUGUGUAGCCCGAAUGGAUCAGGCUGCCCGGAGGAUGAGCUUGCAUUUAUGACCCUCAAUAUGGAUGACGAUGAUUUGACCAUGUCGAUGCGCGCCCCCUACAUAUCGAUGAGCGAAGUAGACGACCUUCCGUUGCUCACGUCCGAUGAUCUGAUGUGGGGUGCUCCGGCUGCGCCUGUGGACAGCGCGACCGCAGCCGCCAUGGUAGCCGCUGCCGGCAAAUAUUUAGUCAAGGAAGAGUACACACCCACCCAGCCCUUGCAGCAGCAACAGCUGUCUCCGCAGGCAAACAACACUACCACCUCAGUUUCGGCCGCUAAAUCUACGGCACCGUCGGUCACGGUCACUGCAAGGAUUGCAGACCUCAGCAGCGCUAACAGCCAUAAUAACGAAAACAACUGCAACAUCGGCAACAAAACUAUCGAUUCCAGCUUGGCGGCACUGCUCUGCGGCGGAAAUGUAAUCAACAUUCAAUUGCAGCAACAACAGCAGCAACAGUCACUGAACGGCAACCGGCACAUUUUGGUUCACCAUCAGCAGCAACCGCAGCAUCAGGUGAUAGCUGCGGCAGCGCAAGCGGAAACCGAUAAAAGGAUUAAGCUGAUCGACUCGUCGAAUUUGAUGCAUCCGAUGGUUGUGAUUACACCCAACUUCAACAAGAACAGUAACACGAUCGAGACGUGGUCCAUGAACGAUCUGCUACAACUGAAUGGGGCCACUAACUCAACCACAAACGGAACCACUACAGUGACAACAGCGCCAGGCCAGAAAUUGAACCUUAUUACGUCGAUUGUCUCUAAGAAGAAUACAACCGCCAACAACAAUUCCUCCGGUAUCGUUUCUCACAAACGCACCCUGUCGGAAAGUGCUGACGGAAGCAGCAAACGCGUUAAACCGAAUCCCACCAUCACCGUUAAUCAGCAGCAAUCUCCCACGUCUUCGCCUCAAUUGCUACAACAACUGAUGGCUCCGUCUCCUGUUCCGGCCAAGUCCAAAGCCAAGUCCAAGUCAUUGCUGGACCAGGCGGAACAGCAUCGAUGGGCCACCGGCAAGGUUAACGGUUUGCAGGAGCAAGCAUCCAACUCAGUUCUCAUGAACCUCCUUGUCAGCGGAUGCGAUAUCAACAUUCCCAAAUUUUCACCGGAAAUGAUUGUAGAGGACCAACCGAUGUACGAUCCGAAUGAAUUGACCGACGAUGAAGACGAAGAUCGCAUCCCCAUUUUGGCCAAUCCGAUGCUGGGCAGCACUACCACCGCGGCGACAUCCACCGGUCAGCUCACCAUCCAAACCGAGAAUAUCGCCCCGAAGGGUCGUGGCAAUGAUGAUUUCAUGAUGACCGUUUCGCCGAGCCUGUUGACACCCUCGGACUUGGAAAUCUGGCGUGCCAUCAAGCAAGGGCUGGAUCCGAAGAAGAUUCCACAGAACUACGGUUUAUCGGUCGCUGCCGGCUACGGUGAUCGUUACUCGAAGUCCAUGGCCACCACUCCGACCGCUCAGCUGGGAAUGAUAGCUGAUGAUCCGCAUGAUGGCGCUGGAUGCGACACCGGUAGCAAUCUGCUCUCGGUGCUGGACCCGGCCAUGGCCAUCAGCGGCUUGCGUACUGAUGAAGAUGACGAUGUCGUCGACAACAACGGAACACAGUUGACAACAUGCCCAUUGGACUACGAAAUGACCAUCCCGGUCAAUGAGAUUUUGCAAAAUAAUCUCAUCUGAUUGUGUGCUAUAUUUUAAGUUUUACAUGAUUCACAGCUUCAAUUGAAACCGAUUUCUUGAUAAGUACAGUUUUUUUUACAUAAGAUUAGUUUCUCGAAAAAUUGCGAUUUUAGUUUGGGUACUUGAACAAAACACACUUUUCUCGAUCUUUUCGGACACCUUUGAACUUUCAAUGUGCAAUUAGCGCGAACAAACAGAAAAGAAUUUUAAUGCUCAGGUAGUACAGAAAAAAACGAUAAAUUUCUACAAAUCUAUACAACAAAGAGUAACGUAACGAAAAGCAUCAGCGUGAUAGAAAUGGCAAAGUUAAAAGGUCGAGUAGAGUUUUUAAGGGAGGUUAAUUGUUAAUUAUUAUAAAUCUUUUCAGUAGUAGUUUAAUUUGUGUUGUUGAUGGUACUAUUUACAGAUUUUAGUUUAUUUUGUGUGUUUAAUUUUACAACCUUUAGUUUACUCAAUAAUAGUUUGUUUUUCGUAUAUUUUGGGUGUCGGUGCAGAGAUUCAUCCUAGUUUAAAGAAUAAAAACCAAGUACAAUGACAGUUUUAAAGUAGGCAGAAUAAAUGAUAGAGAGAUUUGAGCAACAAGACAACAGCAGUAAAUCUCAAGUGUUCCCUAAGGUGUAUGGGAUCAAACACAAAACAUCCAACCGAUUUCAGAUAUCUUCCUUUCUUGACCAACAUUUUCAAUCAGUAGCACAAAAUAAAUGGAUCGCAUUUAGUGACGCAUGUAAUUGUCAUUGAGCUUUCGUGCAUAUUUUUAGAUUAACCAACCAGAACAACAAUAAGUUUGGUAGCCUUAACAUUUAGAAAACAAAUGCAGACCAUUUCCAUUUUUUUAUGUUUCCAACUUUUAAAUCUGCAUACUAAUUUCAAUUAUUCACAGUCUUAUUUUAGUUUUUGUUUGGAAAAAAGUAAAAUACUAAACUUUACAAAAACUUUGUCCAAAUGCUAACAUAACUUUCCAACAUAUACAAUUGAGACAACCAACAGACCUACCAGAAUACAUGCGGACAUUUACAACACAAGAAAAUAAUGAUAAAAACCAAACUUUUAUGGAAAUAUAUCUUACCUAUAUAUGUAUACAUGUAACCGUAUAAUAGACGUAGUGUUUGUUUUACGUAUACAACAGAACUAGCAUAAGUACAAUAAAGCAAAAUUUAUAACCAGUAGUUACGUAAUGCAAGCAAA